CUAUCUUCCUCUCGCUUUCUUACUCCUCCCCUUUCCCUUUUCUCUUCCAAUCACCAUACCACUCAUGCCAGUGUUCAUGGUAUGUAGCUGAGCUGGAAGUGAUUCCGUGGGUGGACUCCAUCCCUCCCACCCGUUAUAAAUAUCCUCCCCCUCCCACUCCUCUCCACACACACAUACACCCAACCUCAUUCGAAUCCAGUCCACCUCUCUCCCUCUCUCUCUCUCUCUCUCUCUCUCUCUCUACCCUUCAUAGCAGUACUUAUAAGAGCAAAACACCAGUUAGUUGUUAUAGUGAUAGUAGUAUCGAGUGCCUUCCAUCACAAUUGCAAUGCUUCCUCUCCUACCAUCCCUGGUCCUUUUCCUGCUCUGCCUGCUCUAUCGUCUGCACGCAAGAGCGAAGAAGAAUUCCUCUGCCACCGCCCAUAGGCUGCCCCUGCCUCCCGGAUCGAUGGGCUGGCCCUACAUCGGCGAGACCUUCCAGCUCUACUCCAGCAACCCCAACACCUUCUUCUCACUCAAACAAAAGAAGUAUGGGCGUAUAUUCAAGACGCACAUACUGGGAUGCCCCUGCGUGAUGGUGUCGAGCCCGGAGGCGGCACGGUUUGUGCUGGUGACGCAGGCCCACCUGUUCAAGCCGACGUACCCGGCGAGCAAGGAGCGCCUGCUGGGCCCCAGGGCCAUCUUCUUCCAGCAGGGGAACUACCACGCACGGCUGCGCCGCAUCGUCCUCAGGGCCUUCAUGCCCGACGCCAUCCGGGGGAGGGUCGCCGGCAUCGAGUCGAUCGCCAUCCAGGCCCUCCACUCCUGGGACGGCCGCAACAUCAACACCUUCCAGGAGAUGAAGAAGUACGCAUUCCAUGUGGCACUCCUAUCUAUAUUCGGGAAGGAUGAGAUUUCCUGCAUAGACGAGCUGAAGCAGUGCUACUACACCCUGGAGAGAGGCUAUAACUCCAUGCCUAUCAACCUCCCAGGGACCCUCUUCCACAAGGCAAUGAAGGCCAGGAAGCAGCUGGGCCACAUGGUGGCCGACAUCCUUUCAUCCAGGAGGCGGAACAAGGCAGAGGCCGAUGACCUCCUUGGCUCAUUGAUGGAAGCCAAGGCAGGCCUCACCGACGACCAGAUAGCCGACAACAUCAUCGGGGUCAUCUUCGCCGCUCGUGACACUACCGCAAGCGUCCUCACCUGGGUCGUCAAGUACCUCGGAGACAACCCAAGCAUCCUGCAGGCAGUCACCGAAGAGCAGGCGGAGAUCAUGAGGAGCAAGGAAAUGGGUGAAGGGGAGAAGCACUUAACCUGGGCUGAUACCAGGAGGAUGCCGAUGACUUCGAGGGUGAUUCAGGAGACAUUGCGGGUUGCUUCGAUCCUGUCUUUCACCUUCAGAGAAGCAGUGGAAGAUGUCGAGUAUGAAGAAUACCUCAUUCCAAAGGGAUGGAAGGUCUUGCCACUGUUCAGAAACAUUCACCACAGCCCAGAUAACUUUACCGACCCAGAAAAAUUUGAUCCCUCCAGAUUUGAGGUUGCUCCAAAGCCCAACACCUUCAUGCCAUUUGGGAAUGGGACCCACUCCUGCCCGGGAAAUGAGCUAGCGAAGCUGGAGAUGCUGGUCCUCCUCCAUCAUCUGACCACCAAAUACAGGUGGUCUAUGUCGGGAUCCGAAAGCGGAAUCCAGUACGGACCUUUCGUACUGCCCCUGCACGGGUUGCCCAUGAGAUUCUCUCGCAAGGCAUGAUCGGAAGAUAGAGACGAUAGAUUUGCCCUACCAGACAGCGUCAGUCACUGUAAUCAUCGCCAGUUAUAGAGAAAACCCGGCUUCAAAUGGUGGUGAUAUUUCACAGAUAGGAGGACGAACUUGCAAUCAGAACUGAUUGCAAUUUCUCGAGGAAAGAGACCACAUACAAGUGACAAGGAGGCAUUGAACAAAUUGUACAGGCCCCUUUCAAUUCAUGUACCAAGGAAAUUUGAUGAAGGGUGUCAAGACAUUCAGAUUAAAUCACUGAAUCAACAUAGUAUUUGUUUUUCUUUUCCUUCUCUUCUCGAGAGGAUUCGAAGGUGUAAUCGUUAAGGAGAAGUUGGUGAGACUGUGGAAUGUCAGGGUUCCGUGUGCCAUGAUAACCCAUGCUUAAUCUUAAUGAUCAGAAGUCAAAGCAAAGCAUGCAAGGACAUAUCUGACUCCUUAGCAAUUCCCCUGUUUCACAGGCUCCUUGGAA